GUCAUGGUAGCUGUAACCGGGGGUGUCAGCCUCAUCACCGCAUUCUGCCUCUUUAGUCUGGUCGUCUGGCCAAUCAAGAUCCGUCGAUGUUGAGAACGUUUUUACCAGCGGGCGGCCAUCUUGGUGAACAGGUUUGCCUCUAAAAGCCGGAGAACAUCGAGAACAUAACCUUCGGUGCGAUUGGGGAACGUGACCGAGCACGACGCGAGCGAGUGUGUCUUCACAUCACAAUGAAUCUGAGAACUAUGAGGAAGCAGAGCUGUCUGUGUUCACAGGAAACCUCUACGCAAAAAAGUGCCACAUGACCACUACGAUGCAGGUCUUCUUCUUAAUUCUUCCUUCUUCUUUUUUUUUUUCCCUGCGGCCUGCAGAUUUUUCGAACUUUUCUGACAAUGGAAACACAAGUCCUGGAAGUCCUGGAGAUGAAGAAAGGAUUCGUCUUCUCAGUAACACGGCAAGCUGCGCUAUUUCGUCGUACUUUCUUCGCGAGAAAGUGACGGAGAUAAUGGGAACUGACUCGUCACGUGGACGAUGCACAACAUUAAAUGUAACUAUAACUGGAUAAAAAAAAAAAAAACUGGCAUUCUUUAAUAAAUAAAAAUACGAAUCGUUGGUAAAUUGCUGCGGUAUAACUGUCUCGCUUGCUGUUCACCCAAACCAGAGGUGACGGACGGCUGCGUCCCGGACCUCUCUCCUGGUUUAACCUCUGCCUCUAUUGUUCUUGUAUUUCGAAAGUCCUGACCUGAUUUCCUCCCUCGGUUCCACAUACACUACAAUAGCUCUGUUUGUAAAAAACGAUUCCGAUUAAUCCAAAUCCCAUCUUUCACCCAUUUCAUAACAGCACUGUUUGAGGUUAAUCGAAUUAUUCUAAAGCUUGUUGAUGGACCUACUCACGAAUGCCGACCUGUAACGUUUACUCUGUCCUCAACGCUUUCUUUUAUUUUUUUUUCUGCCAUGAAAAGGGAAUUAAAAACGCCACACUGGACGACACUGAAAUUCUGUGUAGUCAUUUUAAAUGCAGACAUCAGACAUCAAAAUUUGACGAUACAAGCUGUUAUCAGAAGAUUAGAUCACCUCGUUAAGGAGAGAGAGAGAGAGUGUGUAUGUUUAUAAUGUGACCUACAAGCGCAAUAACAAAUCCCCAUUUUCUCCAAGUUCUCAGAAGUAUUAUUUCCAAGCAGAUGCACAUUUCUGGCCACAAGCUUCAGGAUCAUGAGGGUUGUAUUCUGGUGGCUUACAUGUGCAUGCACUCUGUAUGCUUGUGUCCAAUGGAGAAAACAACUGCAGGAGCAGUGCUGUAAGGAACAUGCAGUAUAUUGUUCUUGGUGGUGUAAGGCAGUGGUUUUCAGAGUGGGGGGGGGGCGCCCGGGCGGCCUCAACUAUUUGGUGUGAAAAAUAAAUAAAUACAUGAUUUUCUCUUUCUCACUCGCAGACAACCACUGACACACAUACACACACAAUCAAUUCCUAAUGUAAUGUAAUGUAAAGAUGUAAGAUGUAAUUAUUAAUUAAAAAAAAAGAAGAAAAAAUAAAGGAGGAUAUAUUCAGAA